UCAACGAUAGAAUAGAGAUGGAAUCCUUAGAAUAGAUAAGAUUCUAUUAAUUUUAAUUGGUCAUUGUCAAUUAAAUGAAAUGCAAUUUUAGUGGAGAAUCAUCUGUAUUCUAUUGUGAUGUGAUUUAAUUAUUUACUUUUAUGGUUAGAUGAUUUUAUAAGAAUGAUAAUGACAUUGUCAUAUUUUUUUGGUCGAAGGUGAGACAUUAUUUUUUAUUAAAUAGGUGGAAAAAUUAUAAAUUUAAUGGUUGAUUUCUAUUUGUUCUGUUCAGGUACUUUUGGAGUAUUUAGAAUGAACUCCAAAUAGAAAUUUUUAGAUUUUUCGAAGCCUGAAUUCUGGUUAGCACUAUGUUUUGCAGAAUGAAUGAUGUCUUUUUCGGCAGAACAGGCAACGGGAAAGGAUUUCGUGAAUCAAUCACAGAUUUUGUUUUUCAACAGACCAGGGAGAGGAGAAGAAUCUUAUAAAACAAUCGAAGGUUUAUCUUCAAACCAAAUAGGGACCACGACUUUCAUGGAACAAUCAAAGUUGCAGCUACUUCAGGGCGUUGGACUGUUGCAUCACCGGACUUUCCCGACGACUCCCUCAGGUAAAGUCACUUCAUUGUUUGCUGUUUAUCUUUCGUCAUCCGCUGAAGUUCAAACUCCAAUGAUGAAACAUUCACAACCACCAAGAUCUAUGAGUGCCGUGAUUUGUACUAGUAUUUGCUAUCUGAUGUUCCACGAAAACUCGUUAAGUUCGUGAGGCUGAAUAAAUUUUGUUUGAUUCAUAUGUUUUACUCUCUUCGUUCAGGUUCAAGGAUGUGGUCGAGGUGAUGCAGAGAUCCAUGCAGAGGAUAAAUAAGAUAAGCAUUGACGUGUGUACUUAAAUUUCAAUAAAUG